AUGGCGGCCGCAGCGUCUCUUGCUAACCCCACCACGUUUGCCUCUUCCUUACCCCGUGGUCAUCACCACCAAGCGUCUGCUUCUGUCUCCACCUUCAGUUUUUCGAAUUCCAGAAAACAACGCUCAUUCAAAUCCCUAAUUUCCCAAUCUAUCCUGGCUUCUAACUCACCGGUAGCAUGCCAUACAUCCAUCGUCUCUGCGGCAACAUCCGAUUCAUCUUCAUCCGGUUCCGCCACCUCAUUCCACGGCCUGUGCUAUGUCGUCGGAGACAACAUCGACACCGACCAAAUCAUCCCCGCUGAGUACCUAACCCUGGUCCCAUCAAAACCUGAUGAAUACAAGAAGCUAGGAUCCUACGCUCUCAUCGGACUCCCGGCGUCGUACGAGACUCGAUUCGUUGAGCCUGGGGAGUACCAGUCGAAAUAUUCGAUCAUCAUCGGUGGAGAUAACUUCGGUUGCGGCUCCUCACGAGAACACGCUCCGGUGGCUCUGGGGGCAGCUGGAGUAGCGGCGGUGGUGGCGGAAUCAUACGCGAGGAUAUUUUUUAGGAAUUCGGUUGCAACAGGAGAGGUUUACCCAUUGGAAUCAGAGGGUAGGAUUUGUGAAGAGUGCAAAACUGGAGAUACGGUGACGAUUGAGCUUGCACAAAGCCUUCUGAUUAAUCAUACAACAGGGAAAGAGUAUAAAUUGAAGCCGAUUGGUGAUGCUGGACCUGUGAUCGAAGCUGGUGGAAUCUUUGCAUAUGCUCGAAAAGCUGGGAUGAUUCCCGCUUAG